AUGGAGCAGACCCGAGAUUGUUCAGGUCUGAGGGCGAAAGCUGCCGUGGAUCAGCUAUGGGAGACGCAUAGCUCAGAGAUGAAGAUGCUGAACCAGCACAUGGCCGACAUGCAAGGCUCCCUCCAAGAGUUGAAGGAUGCUAUCGCAGAGGUGGUCCCACGUCACAAGUUGGAGGAGCAACUUGCACACGCCUGCGCAUCCGUCCGGGACGAGGCCUGUUCUCUUUGCGCGCAGCUCAGGACAGAAAUGCUUGAUCGGGUCGCCACGUUGGAGACGUCGCAGGCAAUGGAAUCACGGUUGUUGGAGGCAUUUCCACCAUCCCCACAGGCAGCGCCACAGCGUUCUGGUCCGAGGGGAGCGACCGUGGGACCCUGCGUGGCACGGCCCGAAGAGGCAACUUUGAAGGUCCGUCCUGCAGUGGGCAACGUCGCGACUUACAGCUUGCAGGAGUCAACUGAGGAAUUGAGAAAGUGCCUGAAGGAUCUGAAUGACGUUUCGCCGCGCGCUGCUUGCCCCGCUUGCCCCGUGGUCCAAAGCUUGCCCUGUGGUCCAAAGUAG